GUAAUUUCGUUGAUGUCAAGUAUUCAACGCGACGCUAUGGUAAAGUUUGUGUAUGAGCAUCAGAUGGCCUCCUCGGUCUCUUCCCCAUUUCGAAGUUGCUGGAGUUUGAUCUCGCCAUUGGAAAUGUUUAAAUCGAAUCGGCGGUGACUUGAGUCGACUCACCUUUCAUUUCCUCUCUCCGGGACGCUCCUCUUCAUCCACGACUGACUGCUACGCUAUUGCCAAAGGCGACCGAUGGCACUUUCCUUCUCGCCGUCUCGCCUCCACCUCUCCUCCUCCAUCCUCCGCACAUCCCUCGUCUCCGCCUUUCUCCUCAUCGUCAUCUCCCUCCUACUCUUCUCACCCGUUCCCCGCAUCUGCCCCUCAGCCGUAUCUUCUCCCCUGGUCGCGCCCGCUCCCACCUCCCUCCGCCACCUCCUCUUCGGCAUCGCUUCCUCCUCCAAAUCCUGGCCACGCAGGAAGUCGUACGUCCGCCUUUGGUGGCGCCUCGGCUUCAUGCGCGGCGCGGUAUUCCUCGAUUCCCCCAUCGCCGGCGAGACGGACGAGCCUGGCCUCCCCACUCUCCGCGUGUCUGCCAAUACCUCUAGGUUUCCGUACACCUUCGAAGGAGGCCUCCGAUCUGCCAUCCGCAUUGCCAGGAUCGUCAAGGAGCUUGUCGAGGGUGUCGUGGGGAAUGGUUCAUCCGACGCGGACAUCAGGUGGGUUGUGCUGGGAGAUGACGAUACGUUGUUCUUCCCGGAGAACCUGGUUGGAACCCUGGCGAAGUAUGACUGGGAGCAGUGGUACUACGUCGGCGGGCAGUCGGAGAGCGUUUGGCAAAAUUCGAAGCAUUCCUUCUCGAUGGCGUAUGGAGGAGGCGGGAUCGCGAUCAGCUAUCCGUUAGCGAAGGUUCUAGCUAGAGUGUUAGAUUCAUGCCUCGUAAGGUAUGCCCACCUAUAUGGCAGCGAUGAUAGGAUCUUUGCCUGCUUGGCUGAGCUUGGAGUUGGGUUGACACAUGAGCCAGGUUUCCAUCAGGUUGAUGUACGUGGAGAUAUUUUCGGUAUUCUGUCUGCACAUCCACUGACCCCUCUGAUAUCACUUCAUCAUAUAGAUCAAAUUGAACCAAUAUUUCCUGGCAUGACUCGGAUGGCAGCGUUUGAUCAUCUAUUUAGAUCUGCACACUUUGAUCCAGGCAGGAUUUUGCAGCAAACUAUUUGUUAUGAUAGUUCAAAAUUGCUUACAAUUUCAGUCUCAUGGGGCUAUGUAGUCCAGAUUUUUGAAGGCAAUCAACUUAUUGUAGAUCUGCUUUCUGUGCCGGAAACAUAUACUCAUUGGAAGAGAGGUCUCAGUUCUUUAAUACUAUCAUAUAUGUUUAAUACAAGGGAGUUCAACAAAGAUCCAUGCAAAAAGCCAGAUGCUUUCUUUUUUGAGAGUAUUGUUCAGCACGAGGGGAGAAUACAGAGCAACUACACCAUGCAUGAUUUAGAAAUUUGCCAAGAAAGAAAAGUCCCCACAAAAAAUCUUAAACAGAUAACUAUAUUCUCACAAUUUCUUCAACCUAGGCAGCCAUUGCGACGUGAAUGCUGUGAGGUUUUGCAAACAUCAUCUGCAACGGUUAUGGAAAUAUAUAUCAGAAAAUGCAAAGAUGAUGAGUUAAUUGCAAUGCAUCAGGGGACAGGAUAAAUGCCCACUAAUGAGAAUAACUAGUCUGACAAGGUUGUGGUUAACCAGAAUUUGUGGGUUGUUCAGAUGGUUGCUGUAUCUUUGGAACAGACCUUUUGUAGGGUCUAGCUAGAAGAAUGACGAAAGAUGACCCUCGGGUGGACAACCAAGAAAUGAGGGGUUAAUGUUUGUCGAUCAGAUGUGGCCCAAUUUUAUCACGCUGUCUUAGUUGCUUGGAUAGUGAGAGGCACUCUUAUUUUGAAUUCUAUACUCAAGUAUGAUUGGCUUGACUCUUCCAUUCAAUGUAUAUAUCCAUUGAAUGCCUCGUGGGUAUUGCAAUUCACUUGGGAAUAUGCUUAUGAAAUAUUUGUAACUUCUGUAAACUCUGAUCCUGGGGAAGUCAUCAUGUGCCUCCUUUCUAAUGAAAUUAUGUAUUUUAAAGUAGCUUGAAAACUCGAUCUUUGUCUUCAAA